CCGCUCCCGGAAACGUGACGCGCGGGCGGCGCACGGGGCGGCGCCGUUCCCUUGUUCGCCAUACUUGCAGGAGAGCCCGGAGAGCAACGAACGCACUUACUGCAAAGGCUCCUGAAAACACUACUGCAUUUAAUUUAAAGACAUGGCUGACGAUGACGUGACUACGGAGCAGCUAGCAGCUAUCGCCGCUGAAAAUGAGGAGCCAGAGCCAGUGAACUACAAGCCACCAGCACAGAAGACGGUGAAGGAGAUCCAUGAGCUGGAUAAGGAUGACGAAAGCCUACGCAAAUAUAAGGAAGCCCUGCUUGGCCCUGGGAUCACUGAGGCUGAUCCCAACGUUCCCAAUGUCCAGGUGAUCCGAAUGAGUCUGGUCUGUGAGAGCGCUCCAGAGCCCCUGAUCCUGGACCUGUGCGGAGACCUGGAAGCCUUUAAGAAGCAGGCCUUUGUCCUGAAGGAGGGAGUAGAAUACAGAAUAAAGAUCAGCUUUAAGGUGAACCGGGAGAUCGUGUCGGGGCUGAAGUACGUGCAGCAGACGUUCAGGAAAGGAAUGAAGAUUGAUAAAUCAGACUACAUGGUGGGCAGCUACGGGCCGCGAGAUUCUGAGUACGACUUCCUGACCACAGUGGAGGAGGCGCCCAAAGGCCUUCUGGCCCGCGGCAACUACGUCAUCAAAUCCAAGUUCACCGACGAUGACAAGCACGACCACCUGUCCUGGGAGUGGAACCUGAACAUCAAGAAAGACUGGAAAGACUAGAAAGAGGCCUUUGUGUUUGGAGCUGGGCGUGGAGGGGGGGGGGCCGUGAGGGAUUUCCUCAGCCCCCCCCUCCUCCUCCAUCUUCCUCCUCAUCCUCCCCGUCCCUGCCAUGUAUCCACCGCCAUUUCUGCCUUCUUGAUUUUUGUCAUGCAUUUCAUGCUUUCAUGCCUUACUUCAUGCCUCACUGUCUUAACCCCCCCCCCCCCCGCCCCGCUCUGGCAGCACCAGUAGCAGCAGCAGUAGCAGCAACCCCCCCCCCUUCUGUCACCUCCCUCCCUGCUCAGCGUUUCAUUGGUUGCACCUCUGUCCAUCCACUCACCUGCCCCACCGAGCUGUGCCAAGUAGCACCUUACUCCCGUGCCCGCCGCCCUCCUCUGCUUCCUCUUUUUGUCCCAGUUUUCACUGCUUGAAGAGAUUAAGUCCCGCCCUCCACCUCCCCCCGAACGGUGUCUUCCUCUCUCAGUAUAAGUACAUGUGGAAAAGCAACUGUACAAUCAAUUUCUGUUUGCCUUUUUUAUAUAACAGUAUCAAUGGUUGUGUAUUGUGACUGUAUUCACACCACAGUUAAUCAGCUGUUCUUAGCGCACCCCACCGCAUCCACCUCCCCGGUUCCCGCCCGCCACCCGCUCCACUCUCGUUUUGCUUACCUACUCGCUCGCUAUCUUUUGAUAAUAAUUACCAGUACCUGCCUUGAGGAAAUAAAAAGAGAAACACAUUGAUUCAGAGCUGCUCUGCGCCGCCUCCCUUUCUUCCCUAAAUGUACUCACACAUGCCCUGUCAGAUGGGGGGCGUGGCCAAAGUGAACAAGGGAGUGGAAAGCAUAAAAAGUAGCUGCCUUAUGUAUCAACUAAUAUUUCUUUAGCAUGCCUUGUGUGCACGAGCAGCGCUUGCUAUCAGCUAGUCUGUAUACGAAGGGCUCGCUCUCGCUACCAACCAAUAACCACCAGUAGCCCUGUUGUAGUGGAGAUUGUUUAUACGGGUUACUGAAUGGCAGCUCUGCACACGCCCACAUUAAACACUUCCUGUAAUCGGAGGGAACUGAAUGUUAACAAUUGGAGAAAUUUCAGCCUGGCACUCUCGCUCCUUUUAGCCACGAGGCCUUAGCACCAACUACGAUCACAUGGAGGAAAACGGCAACAAAUGUUUUUAGAUUUUUUGUCCCCCCCCCUGCCUUAACGCUCGUCCCCCACCCCUCCAAGAAGCUCCCCCUCAUUCGUUCAGAUCCCUGCAGUCAGGAGAUCUCAGGUGUGGAGGAGGCUGAGCCAGGCGCCGUCUGCUGCUGCCGCCACUGCCGGAGACCUCGGCGGCGUCUGGUCUCACCCGCAGACAGAGGAAAACUGACAUGAAGAGUCAGGCGACACUAAGAGAAAACACAUGCUCGCUAUUUAAUGAAGGAAGGUUUUAAACCCGCAACUGACCAGUGACAUUAAAUUUGAAUCAAACUUGUACUGUACCAGAACACGUGGAUGUAAAGCUUUUGUUUGUUCUUCUGAUGAUGAAUUCCUGAUCCAUACAUUCCUUCACAUUGUACAGUUUCUAUGAAAACGCUGGCAUGCUGGUGGGGUUGUAUAUUCUAUCAUCAUUUGUGGUUGCUCUUCUCAGUCAAUAAAGAUUUUGCUCAACGUG